AAUACUUAUUAAUCGAUGAAUAUGCGCGCGCACAUGUGUGCAGUAUGAGAGCACAUUUAAAUAAUUUCUAUUUGAUAUAUUUGACUUCCCGCUUCAAACCGAAGGUUGGAACUGCAAGGCUAGCGAUUGCAAUGUUUCGCAAACCGUUUCGAAUAAAGUCAAACUCCCUUCUUAAAAAUUCAGACAAAAGGAAACUGCGUUCUGACGUACAUGCGAUGAUCAGGCGGACAGAUCAUUCAGAUUCAUCAGAAUCACUAGAAUGGGUUAAUUCUAUGAUAUCUCUCAAACAAGAUAUUUAUCUCAUUCGGUUGAGUUCGCAUUGUGGAGACGUUCUGUCUGUCUAUUCGUGUCUUGGGAAUCCUCUUUUGUUUCAAUGGAAAGACGAACUCAUUCCAACUGUUUACACUUUAUGGCAAUAUCCACAGUUAUUGCCUUGUUUUACAACAUGGCCUCUUGUAUUGGAGAAACUACAGAAUGGUGCUGAUCUAAUGCUUCCUGGUGUUGUACUGAAGUCAUCAGAUCCAACUGAGUUGGGCUUGUUUUCUAGAGGAAGAAUCACAGCUGUUUGUCUGGCAGGCAACAGAUCAGCUGUUGCUGUUGGUGUAACUGUUGUGAGCAGUGAUGACAUUGCAAAAAAUGGAAUGAGAGGGAAGGGUAUAGCUAUUCUGCACGUUUACCAAGAUUAUCUGUGGGAGAUGGGAAAGAAAGAGUUAUUGCCUAAUAUGCCAGAAGGCAUUGAUGUGGACGUAGAAGCAAUGACAUUACGUUCAGAUUUGACAAACUUGGACUCAGAUAUUGUAGAAACAAAAAGACAGUGCGAUGACACAGAAAACGUAGUAGAAGAGAAGUUGGACCAGCACGAAGAUAGAGACGGAGAAUUUGAAACAACAACAAAUGACAAAACUGAAGAUGUUGAAUUAGCAAAUGAUGGAGAAGAUGGAGAGUCCAGUUCUAGUUCAGCUGUUGAUGACAUGGAUUCAUUAUUUGUUUGGUGUUUCCUCUGUGCUUUGCGGACUAAAGUUCGCAAAUCAGAUUUACCAUUACUGACGAGUACAUUGUACUCAGAAUUUAUGCAACAAUGUUGUUCAGCGGAUGCAAAUCUCGAUGUCAAGAAAACAAAAUAUAAAAAGUUUUCAAAGUUUCUUGCUGAGAUGCAAGCAAAUGGUGUUGUGACUAUAAAGCAACAGUCAAAGGGAGUGGAUGUAAUUACAGCCAUUGAGUGGAAACACGACAUGUUAACUAGUUUUACUGUGCCAAAACAAGAAGAAAAGCCAGUUGCAGCUACAGGACCAAAGGCUCCUGUUAUUGAGGAGUUGUGGAGUCCAUCUGCAACAACAUUGAAGAUAUUACAGCCGCUUGGAUAUAACAAAGGAUCAAUUAUGAGCAUGAGUGAAGUGAGACAAGCAGUAACAGAGUAUGUAAAAAGAAAUGGUCUUGUAAGUGAAAGAAAUAAGAGCGUUGUUGUGUUGGAUCCUGUUCUGUGCCACAUGCUCUCUCCCAAAGGUACAGCACCCUUUACAGAACUAAAAUGGGAUGAGCUGAUGAAAAAGUUCUUUGAAAAGAUGCUGCCAUGCCAUCGAGUCUCAAUACACGGGAAAGGAACACAUAUAAAGAAAGGGGUCGUGAAACACGUUUCAAUAUCAACAGCUUUGAGAACUGGAAACAAAACUGUUACUCUUGUUCAAGGACUAGAGACAUUUGGAAUUUCACCAUCUGAAGUAGCACAUUACAUGCAAAAGAAGGCAGCUGCUAGCACAACAGUUGGAGAUUUACCAGCAAAGAAAGGACAGUUGCCCGAUAAAGAAGUUCUUAUACAAGGAGAUGCUGUUAGACUUGUUUCAUCUCUUCUAAUCGAUCAAUAUGGGAUACCACUGAAGUACAUUGACGGUUUAGAUCCUAAAGUACGAUCUGGCAAGAGGACUUGAAAAUACAUGCCUUCAUAUGUUAAUUUGAUGAAGCAAUUUAAUUAUUACCUCUCGA